AUGCGUCGUCUGGGGAUGAGCUGGCGUUCCCCAGGGGACCAGGUCUGCCUGGGCAGAAGUCAGCAUGGGGAGGAGCAGCCCCGCCCCAAGACAUCAUCUCCGGCAGCACAGGCGCGCAGGCCUGUCUUUCUUUUUCGGCUGGUAGCAGAAGGAGACAGUACGACAGUGCGUUUCUGCGGCUUUCAGCACCCCUGCUUGCGGUCCUGUGUUAGCACAGCCCCGGGAAGUGGACGCAGGUCUCCCCAACUGUCUUCGGGGUUUCACUGUGCCAUCACAAGACCCCAGAGAGUCAGGGAGCGCAUCAUCACCACCCCCAAGGCCACCGGCGGCCAAGGGGCGGGCGAUGUCGUGGGCCACAGAGCACGGCUGGAGCAGGGCAGGGACCAGCCCUCUGGCACAGCAGCUACAUCUGGGGGUCUUUGUGCCAUCGCCGACGGCUUCCACGGGAAAAUGCAGUCGGUGGUAGACACGCUUCAGAGGUUUCAUUGA